AUGACAACGCAACUGAGAAGGAACUUAUUAACCUUCCUAUCAUGCAUCACUCUCCUGGUGGCCCUCGCAGUAGGAGCCGCUGAACCGCCUAAGGGAUUUCCAGAGCCCUUAAACUCCACGCAAUUCAAAGAAGAGCUGUCUAAGGGGCUGCACAUUGUCGACUUUUACAGCCCAUAUUGCCCACAUUGUAAACAUUUGGCCCCUGUUUGGAUGGAAACAUGGGAAGAGUUUAAAGAGGAAGGCAACAAACUCAAUAUAACUUUUUCACAAGUUAACUGUAUUGAAAGCGCUGAUUUAUGUGCCGAUGAGAAUAUUGAAUUCUUCCCUGAUAUUAGACUCUAUAACCCUUCAGGAUACAUCAAAUCGUUUACUGAAACUCCAAGGACUAAAGAGUCGUUGAUUGCGUUUGCACGUAGAGAGUCUAUGGAUCCAGAUAACCUCGAUGCUGAUUUGGAUUCUGCCCUAAGCCUAAGUCAAGACCUCGAAGGUUUUGAUUUUCUCGAAUUGAUUGCUGGUAAGGCAACUAGGCCACAUUUGAUUUCCUUCUGGCCAGCAAAAGACUUGAGAGACAGCGACGAUUUAGUAAAUUUUGAAAACUGUGCCAGAUGCCGUGAAUUUCAAAGAACAUGGAAAAUUAUUUCAAGACAAGUAAAUGUGGAGGAUAUACGGACGGGUCAUGUAAACUGCGAAUCCAAUCCGACCAUCUGUGAAGAAUUGGGCUUUGCUGAGUUGGCGAAAAUUACCAACCAUAGAGGCGAUAGAGAGCCUAAAGUGGCAUUAGUUUUACCCAAUAAGACUUCGAAUAGUUUGAUCGACUAUCCAAAUGGUUACUCCGUGAAUUCAAAAGGCUAUGUAGACUUCGCCAAAAGAACUUUUGCAAACAGUCAAUUCCCUAAUAUUACAGAAGAGGAACUCAGGAAAAAAGUAAGAGGAAGUGUUGAAUUUUUGCAAGAAAGGGGUUCAGUAUCCAACAAUGAUAUCCACUUAGUUUUUGCAUAUGAUCCUGAAACUGUUGUAAUUGAAGAUUUUGACAUUCUACAAUACCUAAUUGAGCCUCUAUCUAAGAUUCCCAAUGUUUACUUAUACCAGAUUGACAAAAGUUUAAUAGAUACAUCUCGUAUAUUUUUUGAAGGAAUGUACGAAGUGAUUAAUCACAACUCAAGCGAAGCUCAAAAGCGUUUUAAUGAAGAAUACUUUGCAAUGAACACGGUUACGCAACUUCCAACUUUUUUCAUGUUCAAGGAUGGCGACUUUAUAUCUCAUGUUUACCCUGGAUAUUCCACAACAGAAAUGAGAAAAAUUGACGCAAUUAUGAAAUGGGUAGAAAGGUACUCCACUCCCUUAGUGGCAGAAGUCACCUCUUCUAACUUCAGAGAGUUGAUGUCAUUUGAACCUGAGACUUACAGUAAUUUAGCAGUUCAGUUAGUAAGUGGUGGUAAGAACAAACAGAUCAAGGGAAGCAAUACACUCAUUCAUAAACUACUUUGUGCAAAUUGGGAUUAUGAGCAUACCCGUAUGGAAAAUAACUUCGAACAAAUUAACAUAAAAAGAACAAAGAAAGCAGACAGUAUCAAGCUACUAAGGGAAAAACAGGCCCCAGCUGACAAAAUUGUUAAUAAAAUGCGUGAAGAGAUUCCCCAUGUAGAUCAUAAUAAAUUGUUGCUGGGUUAUCUAGAUAUUUCAAAAGAGAAAAACUUUUUCAAGAAAUUUGGUAUUACUGGGGACCAUAAAGUCGGUGAAGUCAUUAUCAUUGAUAAAUUGAACAAUUACUAUUACACAAAAGAUAAUUUUGGCAACAAUUUGACACCCAACAACCUUCAGUCACUCAGAGAAGCAUUUGUUUCCCUAAACAUUCCAUCAAAGGCUCUGUAUAACGCCAAGUUGGGGGGGAGGUUGAUGAAUUCUCCCUUCCACAGUGCUUUUAGUUUCCUAGACAUAGUCCACCAGAAUGGUAUUUUUGGUUAUUUGUUGAUUGUUCUUUUGAUCAUUAUGCUCUUUAAAGGCCCAUCCUUUUGCAGAAGAUACAGAAUAAUGAAGCACUAUAAGGGGAAGAGGGAUGUAGUUGGAAUUCUGGGCAACGUGGAAAAGAAGCAAAGUCAAGACUAA